AUGGAUAAUAACAAUAAUAAUAUUAAUAAUAAUAAUAAUAAUAAUAAUAAUAAUAAUAAUAAUAAUAAUAAUAAUAAUAAUAAUAAUAAUAAUAAUAAUAAUAAUAAUAAUAAUUAUAGCAAUGAAAUUGAUGAAUUUGGAGAACAAAUUCAGACACCACCAAAUGUUCACACAAAACAAGAGAUUUUAGAAAAGAUGGUUGAAGAUUUAGACCAAUAUAUGGUUGAUGAAAACUUUGAUAAUGGAGAUGAAGAAUAUGAUGAAUAUAAUAAUAAAAUCGAUUUACCUCAUAAAAAUAAUGCAAGAGAUUUUACAACUCCACAAUAUAUUAUUGAUGAUGAUUUAGAUUUUAAACAUUAUUCACAUAUUAAAAAGCCAGAUGGUUCAAAUUAUAAUAAUAUUGAAGAAAUUUUAAAUUAUUUAAUAAAUGAAAAAAAAGUAUUAGAAAUUAGCAAUAAAACUAUUGAUAACAAUAAUAAUAAUAAUAAUAAUAAUAAUGAAUAUCAUAGACCAAGAAUUAAUCAAUCAGAAUUUGGUCAACAUUUAGAGAAUGAAUUAAAAUCAUUACCUUCAGCAGUAAUAAAUACAUAUUUUGAACAAUCAAGUGGAUUAGUUGAAUUACAUAAAUAUAUUAAAGAGAGUAGAGAUACAUUAAAUGGAUUUUCAAAAUCAUUUGAUUCAAUUAUAUUAGAGUUAUCAAAUUUAAUUAAAGAUAUGCCAGAUAAUCAUGUUGCAUCACUUCAAAUUUCAAAAUCACUAGAGAAUAGAAUUUUAGCUAGAGCUGAACUUUAUGAUUUAAAUGAAGAAUAUAUAAAAUGUAUAAAAGAAUUGGAGGAUAGAAUUAAAAGUUUAGAUCCAUGGAUGAUGAAAAAAGAAGCAAAAUUUAUAGAGGAUAUAGCAUAUGAAAUUGAUUUAUUAAAAAAGAAAGCAAGUAAAUCAGUUAGAGAUUAUCUAUUAAAACUUAUAAUUGGUUUAAGAAAACCAAGAACCAAUAUUCAAAUCUUACAACAAUCUAAAUUAUUUAAAUAUUCACCAUUGAAUGAAUUUAUUUAUCAUAAUUCACCUUCUUCUGCAAUUGAAGUUAAAAAUUCUUAUAUUGAAACUUUAUCAAGAACUUUUACAAUGUAUUUUAAAAAUUAUUUAACAAAUUUAACAAAAGUUUUUAAUCAAAUUGCAUUAAAAUCAGAUGUAAUUGGAUAUAUUGAACAAGUUAAAGGAUAUUUUGGUACAGUUAAUAAAGGAUUUGAAUUAAAUAAAGCAUCAGCAUUUAAUUUAUAUAUUUCAGGAUUACCAAUUGAUAUUUGGACUAGUAUUAGAAGUGAAACUAUUGAACAAAUUCCAGAAAGAUUUAGUAGAGCUGAUAUAUUGACAAGAUGUUUAGAUGCACCAUUGAUUAUACCACAUGCAGCAAUUAAGAAUGGUAAAAAGUAUCCAUUUGAACAAAUUUUUAGAUCAAUGAAUAUUUUAUUGUUGGAUACUAUUUGUUCAGAAUAUUUAUUCGAUAGACAAUGGUUUGCAAAACCAUUAUUGGCAAAUUCACCAGAUGCAUUAAUACCCUCGAUUUUCAAUAAUAUCUUUCAACUUUACUAUGACAAUAUCUUUUCAUUCGUUGGUGGUACCUAUGAUUGUUUAUCAUUGUUGUUAUGUUUACAAAUCAAUAGCAUCUUGGUUCAAUUGUUAAUUGAUAGGAAAUUAUGGGAUCGUAUAUCAUGUUUAAAAACUUAUUUUCAAAAAUUGGAUGUUAUAAUUUGGGAUAGAUUUAGUGAAGUCUUUAAAAGGAAUAUCGAUAGUUUAAACUUGGCAAUUAAAAUGGAUACACCUCCAACCGAUUUUAGACCUCAUAUUUAUACUCGUAGAUUUUCAGAAUUUUAUUCAAGUAUUGCAGAAAUCUUAUCACAUAAUGAAGAACCAAGAGUUUUAGCUUGGGUAGCUGUAUUACGUUCGUCAAUGGAAAGAUUAUUAUUACAUUUUUCAAAUUCUUUUACUGAUAUAAAAUCAAAAUCAAUAUUUUUAAUUACAAAUUAUGAUGUUGUAAUUACUGUUUUUUCUGAAAAUAAUAUAAAUCAAAAUGAAGAAGGUUAUUUAAAAUUUUUAAAUUUAUUACAUGAACAAAUUGAUAUAUUUGUAGAAUUAUUAUUAUUUAGUUAUUAUAAAAGUUUAAUUACUUUUAUAAAGGAUACAGAAUUUAGUUGUUCAAAUGUUUCAAAUUAUCAAAUAGAUAAGAAUCAAUUAUCAAUGUUAAUUGGUGAAUUCUCACAAAAAUGGAAAGAUAUAUUAUCAAAAAUUCAAACAGAAAUUAUGACAAAUUUUUCAAACUUUAAUUUAGGUUCAAGUAUUACAAAGAAAAUUAUCACUCAAUAUUUAUUAUACUAUAAAAGAUUUGAAGAAAUUUAUAAAAAAUUCAUUAAACAAUCAUCAACCACUGAUGGAAAUAAUAAUCAAUUAAGAUUAGCUUUUAUACCAGUUUCAACUAUUACUUAUGAAAUUUCAAAAAGUUAUAGUUCUUUUAAUCCUUAA